AGUGGAACAUUUCAUCCAGAAGACGAAAAAUAAAAAAAAAUGGAUAAAGAGACAAUGAAGGAGAAAGGAGGCGAUGAAGGAAUGAAAAAUAGAGUGAACGUGAGGUGGAGUAGGAAGGAAGAUUGCGGGGAAAUCAGAAACAUGAUUCAGGAGUUGGCAGAAUUCCAAAACAUAGGCAACCAGCCUACAAUAACCGUCCCAAUACUAGAGAAAGAAGGCUUCGGUCCGAACCCAAGUUUCAGAUGUCUUGUGGCCGAAUAUUGCAACGAUGGUGAUGAUGGCACAGCAGCAGCAGUAGCGACAGCAACGACGACUAAACAGCAGCCACUACUUGGCCUGUUAAUAUUCAUGGAUACAUUCCAUUCAUUCUACGGAAGGAUAAUGCACCUGGAACUGUGGUUCGUGAGGGAAAAGUACAGGGGCGAGAGAGUUGGGUCCAAAUUGAUGGAAAGAUUUAUGCAGAUAGCGGAUGGUGAAGGUAUAAAGAAGGUUGACUUCAUAUGCAUGGAGGAAAAUCAUUCCAGUGUUAAGUUUUAUAAGAGUUCUGGAGCUAAAAGCAUCAGCGAUGAUGAGUCCUGGAUAUGGUUCCGGUACGGAGAAGAUGAAAUCAAGAGGAUGUCGAGAGGAGUUAUGAAGAAAGAUGGAUAGAUGGAUGGAUGGAUGGACGGACGGAUGGAUGGAUGGACGGAUGGAUAGAUGGAUAGAUGGAUGGAUGGAUGGACGGACGGAU